AUGGAAUACAUUCUAAAAAAUAAAGAAAAGUCCAACACACAAGACAUUCAUCCUAUUGAUGCUUUCUUCAACGGUUUGGCAGCCACCAUAAAAUCUUUUUCCCCUUACUAUCAGCAUCUUGCAAAAGGAAGAAUAUUUGCAGUAGUACAAGAUUUGGAGUGGGAGCAAUUGUCAUCAGAGCCUUCUUCUUACACAUCUCCAAUGAGUGGAACAACGUCGGCGUCGUCUACUAAUUCAAGGUCGGUGUAUGCACCGGUUCCGAUGACUACACCAACGCCAACACCGGAAUCAACGCCUACGGAACCUACGCUUUCGGAACCUUCGCCUUCGGAACUUACGCCUUUGGAAUCUAAUAAUUUGUCUACUUUAUUUUCAGAGUUCACGGCAGACUAA